AUGGCCGCUGAAAACGGUAUGGAUUUCUCAGAAUUCAUCGUUGAGAAGGGACAAGAAGCAAACGAAGACGAGAAAAGUGAAGAAACCACUGAGAUUUCUCUGUCACCAGACCUUGAAGCAGAAGAAGCUAGGAAAAAUGAGCUUCGUUUGCAAGCUAACAAGGUAGUUUUGAAAAGAAAAUGGGAAUUUUCUAGACAUGGUGUGAAAAUACUUCAGGUGACACGUCACAUGAGCAAAGUGCUUGCUCACUUGAUGUAGUUCCUAUGACUUAUUAUCUCUAUUACAGAUCAAAUGAUGACAAUUUUUUGAAUUACUGCUUUGACAAAAGUUAAAAACAUGACGCGAGCGUUCGUAUGAAACUGUUCUUAAGGUAUCUGCACAGGCAAAUUUUGCACAUUUUUGCAUCAUUUUUAGUGGUUGUUUUAUGGACAAUAUCUAUAUGUCACUACAUUGACAGUAUUCCUCAGUUCUUGAGGAACUAGAAUAUAUCAAAAUAAACUAUGUUAUGUCACCCAAAAGGUGUUAAUUUAAUUACCCCCUAGGGUGGCACGGAAAGAGAAAAAUCAAAAUUUCAGAAGAAUCCUUAGAGUUAUUUUUAAAAAAGAAAUGUAACACAAAUAAGGACGUACGAUAGAAUAAUUCUGUGUUUGACCACGACACAGCUCCAAUUAAUCCAGCCUCUAGGGCACAAUUUGCUAUUUUGUAAUUUGACCAAUAUUUUGACAUCAAUAACUCAGCUGUACAGCAAUUCUAACCUUUAGUCAAACACAGAUCUGUUCAUUAACAUGCUGUUUGUGUAUUUGCCAAAUUUCACGAAGUAAUAAUGAUCCAUUCCUCCAAAAAACUGGUUCUCGUAAGUCAAGGUAAAUCGGUCACGCGGUAAUUAACGCUUUUCCAGUGUGAAAAAGCUUAUUUUCUUCUCAAAAUCAACUGUUUUUCUUCGAUACUACCAUCACAGACCUUCUUGCCCGCCAUUUUGAAUCACCGCUGUGUAAAAUGCUCGUGGAAGCCUAAGAAAAUGCCAAAUGACCUCUCUAUAGCCCCCUUGGAUUUUGAUACGUGACCAGUUGCUAGGUGUGACGCAUUUCCGGAAGAUGCGUUACUCAGUGUCAGCUUUAAUGCAGUGAAGCGCGCCGAAGUAUGAAGAUUGAAGAACAGUUUUAUUCAAAAUUGAAAAGAAUUGCUUCUGUAAAGUGAAAGAAAUUGGCAGAGAAACAGACCAGAGGAUUAGGGGCCAAGAAAACGUUUUACUCUCCCGGCAAAAUUGUCAGAAAAUAUCAGGUGAGAAGACACACCGAUGUAAUGUAAAUUUAAAACAAUAAUAAGCCCUGGAAAACGGAGUGUAUUUCAAGAACAUAACAAAUUUUGACAAGAAGCAAGUAAUAUUAGUCAUCACAGCUUUAACAGAAGCAAGAAAAAUCAAGUUGGACACACAGCGGCUGUAGUUUGUCAAUGAAUCCAAGCAGUGAAUAGAUUUUGUUCAGCGCAUCAAUAGAACUUGAUGCUGGAAAGAGGAGUUAAAUUGCGCUCCUGCCGUCCUUUUCCUUAGUAACGGAAAUGAAAAUUUUUCUUUAACUUCCGGUAAAUCAGUCAACUUUUGAGUAGAUUUUCUCUUAAAUGCCAAGGUAUAUUAAAAAAAGAACACCAGAUAUGCAUAUUACAUCAUCUGAACUUACUGUAGAAAGAUUUUGAGGGCAAAAUAAAAUGUUGAAAAUUUGCCUGUGCAAAUACCUUAACGAUCGGAGAAUCGAAAUAAAACUUUGUACUUUUGAGCUUAUUAUGCUCAUUGAAUCCGAAUUCCGUGAUGUGUUUAUGUUUUUAGGUCAAUUAAUCGGAAUAGUAAAAAAAAAUUAUUUCCCUACUCAUUUAUGCGGUUAUUAUAUCAGUGUUAUCAGCUGAAAAUUUCAAACACCUCCAUAUGCAUGACAUUAUAUCCAUGAUAUUGUUGAGGUAUAUAUUUGAUAACAUUCCUUUUCAUGUUCUGUGGACUUUGGCUUUCUUAAACCCUUUGGCACUAGCUUUCCAUUGGUCUGUUAGAUGCCAAAGGUUACAUUUCAUGUCACUGGUUUAAAGUCAUGUGCUAGAAAUUUAAGUUUUUCCUUCCCUGAGGCCCAAAAGACAUUUGAUGAUUUCUAAAAGGAAGAGAAAAACUAAGGAAUGGGGACUUGAGCACAUCACUUUUGCAAAGAAUAACAAUACAUACAGCUGAACCUCCAUUAAGCGGCCUCCCUAAUUUUUAGCAGAAACAUCACUUUAUUUUGAAACAAACGCAUGAUAGGAGCAGCAUUACUGGACCAAAAUUGGGCCUCACCUUGUAUCUCGGACUGUAUUUCCUUCAUCAUAUUAUUGAAAUAAAGCCAAACUAAGCAUGGUGGGAAAAAAUUGCUAAAAAUUGGCCACAAAUUUGUUAGCCUGCGAACAGCAGACGUUUCUUCUCGCUCAUCGCCGCUGAGGGACAUUUCAUGAGGAGGAAUGUCUGCGACUCAGCGGCAGAAAUUCCAUACUGAUGACAUAAGUCAAUGUAUACAUAAUAAAUCUGGUAGUCAAGGGGUUCCAAAUGCAAAUUUGUUCAAUUUUACAUUUCUCCUGGUCAAUUUUGGUAAAGUGUUGAGUUCAUCUGUGAAUAAGCUCAAAUGUUUCUUGUAGAGAAGACUAUAUUCCACAAAUAUUGACUAUUUUGUUAGAGAUUCAUCGUGUUUACAUUUGACCUUUGCGGCCUUUUGUCUUCUGUUUGUCAUUCAUAAACAAUAGCUAAAACAAUGAAACUACUCCAUCAACCAAUUAGCGCUUCUGACGCUAUUCUGGACAGAUUUUACAUCAUUAGUAUGGAAUUUCUGUCGCUGAGUCACAGACGUUCCUCCUCUCGAAAUGUACUUCAGUGGCCAUGAGCAAGGAGAAACAUCUGCCGUUCACAGGCUACAAGUUUGUGGCCAGUUUUUAGCAAGUUUUCCCCACCAUGCAUGGAAUGUUACCAAUAUCUCUCAAACUAUAAAAGAUAAUCAGUUGUGACUUUCACUUUUUUAUUUGUCUUAAGUUAUUGUUUCAAAUUCUUCAUUUUUUGGAUUAGUACUGGGCAUGUCCUAAAAGCCCAUUUUGUGACGUCAUCAGUUGUGAAGUCACAAAAAUGAAAUUUGAGAAAUCAAAUCUGACAAGUUCUUCAAUUUUAUGUGCACUAUAUUUCUGCAAAGGAUCACAGUUUCUGGUUACAUGUUCAUACUUUUGAAGGAGAAACAUUUGGGAAUUUUGAUUUUUUAAUUGGCCACGAGAGGGUCUUGUGACUGGUAACCAUAGAAAUGCCUAAUCUAAAAUGUUUCUGGAAUCAAGUAUUGUUGCCUGUAUUAAUUUCAGUAACAUGCCUUUAAAGGAGACAAAGUUAUAGCCCUAAGAAUGCCAAAAAUUUUUGUGCAUAUCAUGCCCCACUGAAUGUGUUGGCCGCUCAGCUUGAAAAAAUUCCCAGCUUGAACUGAAUCAAGCACGCGAUGUCUACUUAAUAAGGGUGAUAACAAUGGAAGAACUCUCGUUGAGACAGGCAAAAGGUGGCCGCGGCUGCUAAACAGAGGUUUAGAUUCCCAUUCUUUUGCUACAGUUACUUCGAGACUUUGAUUACUGGUCACUUAAUGGAGGUUCUACUGUAUUUCAAUAAUUAAAAUUCCUAGUAACUUCUGUAAAGCUCACGGCUUGAUUAUACGUAUAAAACCUGAAAGACCAUGUGAGAAAUUUUGGUAUAUAUUUGGUAUGCAUGUACACUGUAUUGUAACUGACAACAACCAUGAAUCAGGGCUGUCAUUAAGAGCUGGGAGCCGGGGAUUCCCCCCGGCUACUAAGAAUGUGGCCCCCAGCUACUUUCAUAGGAAAAUAGAAGGAAAAUAGAACCAAAAGAAAUCCCUAGCUGUUUGAUUCUCCACCUACUUGAUAUAUUUACCCGUCUACUUGAAAUCUUAGUGGCAACCCUGAAAAAUUACUUCACUUUGAUGAAUUAGGUGUAAAGUCAACCGUUGUUAUCACAGAUGCCUGUAGGACUGGGAGUUCUAGGGCCAUUAUUAACAGGAGUUCAUAAAAAAUUGCACUUAGGGCCUGUUUAUAUGAAGGGAGCCAUCCCUUUUAGCUGGGCUCGCCUGGUUGCUUUACUGGAAUGGCUCAGCUCAUACCUUAUUUUCUCAUAAAAUUGUCCUUCUGUUUAUAUGAGAGCGAGAUCUCGGCUGGAUGAACCUCUGAUCUCAGAUCUGACGCCAACAAAAUUUCAUACUUUAAUCAUUACAUCAAUCCACCAAUCAAUCAAACUCCAAAUAAAAAAUAGCAUGCACACCUGAGAGGGAGAGAUACUUCUCUAUUGCAGGUAGUUCUCCUGGACUCAAAGGAGCAAACUUAUACAAUCAUUUACCUAUAUACCUCUGCAACGCCUUUAUACCAACACCUCCUGUAAUGCUAUUUUUACGCGUUUAUGGUUUUACGGGGCUGAUGUACUCAGCUUUGGUAAAGGUUUUUGACUGUCAGUAACAUUUCUAUUUUUCAUAACAUUUUUAAUGUCAGUACAUACACUCUUUUCCAUACUUUUUGUUGUGAUAAUUAUCAUGCAAGAGCAUCAGAGUUUUUCCUGCCAUUUUCGUUUUUCAGAUUGAGGAAGAAAUUGUUACGUUAAAACAAGCUCUCGAUCGAAAGGAGAAACAGUUAGCAGAAAUCAAACGGCUGUUGGGUAUAACUGCAUGGUCACAGUUAAAAGAUGGAUUUCACCAGCAGUAUCAAAAUCUACAAGGAACCCAGAUGUAUGUUUUUCUCAUUUUUGUUCAUGGCUGUACAUGAAACCUUAUGAUAUAAUCAUUGUAGUUAUAAAACCUCUUUGACAGUACAGUACUUCUGUGCUGUAGUCGCAGCCUUUGCAUGCUGUAGUUUUCCAACACACAAAACUUUAUUGGUGAAAGGAAACAAGUGAACGGAAGCAAGACAAGAGAACGCAAAUCUAAAUGCAAAACAAAGUGAAGUUGUACUGAAAAACAACAAUUAAACAAAUACAAGCAGGCGUGGAACCACACAAGUUUCCACCGAAAAUCAGUCAGAUUUUUACAAAAAUGAAAUAAUAUAUUUUACUAAAAAUAAAACUUUCCAAGUUGAAAUCGUGCCAAUAUCCUUUCUGAAUGACUCCGAAACCCAGGACUUUGGGGAGCUACAAAAAAUUUCCAAAGGGGGAGCAUGCCCCGGACCCCCCUAGAAGCUUGCGCCUUUGGACUCGUUUAGGAAAUCGGUCAGUAUUUAUCCUAGAUCCACGCCUGACAAGGUCAAGAUAAAAUAACUCUCAAAACUAAAUAAAAAUCAAUAGAGCAAACUGUAAAAGUAAUUGAAACAGACAAGAUACUUGUAAGAUGAUAGGAAAAUAAGACACACUAGGAUGAGCAAAGACCAAAAAUGAAAAGACUUAAACUGGACCAGUGAAGUACAACCAAGAAUUUACACGAAAAUAACAAUGGAAGUUAAAUAAUUAUACUAUAUGCCAAAAGAGCUUGACACGAAGAACAAAGAUGCGCAAACAAUAAACGACAAAUGAACCAAAAAACUGCUCUAAAGGUGGAAACAGGAAAAGAACUAAAAAUGUGGCAAACAUACAAACACUAUAGAUAAAAGUGCAAGAUUCCUUGUGCUCUCAUAUACAGUCCUUUUCUUUUAGUCAUUUUGUAAAAAAAGAAUUUGGAUUUUUUUUUUCAAGUAGCGGUACUUUAAACUCUGAUCCUUACAAUGGUGAAGGGUUACUAGAAAGCGACAGACCUAAUGGUAUACAGCAAUCUAAUUCAAUGUUGUGCUUACCAAGUUAAGAGCUUUUUCUCUUUCCUGUUACUUCACAGGUAUCAAAAAACUUCUGACACAUUUAAAGAUUUGAAUGACAAAAUUGUCCACUCACAGGCGUAAGUUCUGUAGUUCUAGUUUCAAGUUCAAGCUCUGGUGUAGGUGUAAAUGUUAUACCAGUAAAAUAGGUAUAUAUUUUGAGCAUAAAUAAGCGGUGCUUACCAUUAGACAGAAAAUUUCGGAAAUUCUGGAUGGAAGGUAAAUGGUAGGGUCACUUUUCGGAAAUUCUAACGGAAAAUUGAGGAGUACGUUUUGAGGUAGUCCUUUCAUUCCGGUUGAUACGAACCAAACAGAAUGUUGCUUACCAUUAACCAAUAUCUCGGUUCCUUCCCGGUUCCAGACUCGCGCUACACAAAUUCCCCCUUUUUUGGAUUCAAACCAUAACGGAUGUGGCAUUUCUACAGUAAACUGGCAAAUCGCUUACCAUUAUGCUUGCGACACCCCAACCAGUUUUUUCUGUCAAAUGGUAAGCACCCAAGGUUUCUAUCAGGGCUGCCUUAAUUUCAGAUAUUCUUAUGUUCAGGAGUUCUUACGAGGGUUUCUUACAUCCAGUGUUCUUACAGCCAUGGGUUUUUAUCUCCUGGGCCGGGUUGUUCAAAACAGGGUCAAGUUAACCCAGGGUUAGUGCAAAAUUUGAUUUCAGAUAGGAAAGCUUAAAAACCAAAUUCAGUUUUAUACCUUUUCCCUACAAUUUUAUGAUUAGAUGCUCUAAAAAGAAGAGAGAAAGUUAUCCAGGAAAAUGCUUUUGAACAAAAGAAAAAAAACCCAGGUUAAAAUUUAACCCUGGGUUGGCAUUAAUUGGCCUUCGAACAACUGGGCCCUGGGGUCUUACCUCUAGGGGUUCUUAUAUUCAGGGGUCUUACAGCCAGGAGGUCUUACAUCCAGGGGUCUUACAGCUAGUAGGUCUAACAUGUAGGGGUUCCUAUGUCUAGGGAUUCUUACAUGCAGGCGUUUUUUGUUUUGUUUUUUAAGACGGCUGCAUUCACAGGCUAAUCAGUAUUAAUACCAGUAAUUGUAAUAGGUGAAUUUUUGUCAACUACCCAUGUAUAAGUUUGGUGUGUCUAAUCCUUAGUGAUUUUGGUCCAUUUGCAUUUUCAGGUACAACAAACUCAGCACUGGAGCUGCUGCAACAAAGACAAUGUUAAGUGAUGCAGGAUCAAGGACAGCAACUGCUGCAAAAAAUGUUGGAUCAGCAACAGCCAAGAAACUUGGAGAAAUCAGGUAUAAAAACUGCUGAAUUGUCCUGCUGUUUGUGUUGUGCAGUGAGAAGGUUCUGGUCUUUAUUUCUGUUUUUUUUUGUCUGGUUUGUUCCAUGAAGGGGUUCAUCAAUGUUUCAAUCUUUGGAGACUAGGGUGGUUUCAGCUUCUUCAAGUAUAAAGGUGAGCAAUAGUUUUUUGCAGGUGAAAAUAACAUAAAUUGCUAUGCAAGUUCUUGUAUAUCAGGGUUGUCAAAACAAGCCAGCUGCUGGCAAAAAUCGUCAUCUACUUGGUUAUUAUCGGCCGACUACUCUGCUUGGCAUUUCUUUGCGGAUGGCUGUCUGUCCUCACUCCUUGCUGCUUGGAAUGUUUCGCAGGAAAAAUGAAACUUCCCUAGUGGUGAGGAGCGAGGAGAGGUGGCUGAAUUUGCAGGUUACAGAGGCCCUGUCAGUAAACACCAUUAGUUAGGUCAAGGAAAUUUCAUUGUGUUAACUUGGUGGUCAAAUUACUAAACAAGGUGGUGUUACAUUGCGUUUGUAAUGACAGGUAAAAUUGAGUCUUGUGUGAUCUAUCAAUAUGCUGGAAAUCACAUAAAGCGCUUUAAUGACUUUGUAUACUUCAGCAUUACUGUUUGUAAGCUUGAAUGUAGCCUGCAUCAACAUAGUCUAACCUCAGUUAGUAACGUCUGCAAUUCAGCACCAAGAUCCUAGUUCUGGGCCCCCAACGGACUGAACAAAUUACCGGAAGUGCGUUUUGAAUUUCCCGUCAACCUAAUCGGCAAAUUGAUAAUGGCUUUAUUAACCCUUGAAGUCCCAAUAGUGACCAACAUCAAUUUUCUCCUAACAAUAUUCAUACAAUGUCAAGAGAUUAGGUUAUGAGAAUUAAUUAAAUGAUCACCUUAGAGAAAAUGCUUUGAUCGUUUAUCAAAUUCUCUCAACUCAUUCUUUAAGGAAAUGUAUAGAGUUCAGUUUGGAGAAUUUGUACAUGUAUAUUGGGGCUUAAAGGGUUAACAGGCCAAUCAUGGUGCAUACUCAAUUCCUGGUACACAGGUGAGGGCCCAGAAAAGGAAUUUUGGAGCUGUUUCACAGACAGACUUAACCAGAAGUUUAGUUCCAUCUGUGGUGUCUUGAGUGGUACUGCCUCCAUCAAGUAUUUUACUUGUCAUACUAACGAGGUUAAAUUGCAAAAAAACUGGGGACAGUCUGCAAAUGUUACUAAGUCACUGGUUAAAAGAGGAUGGUUGUAUUUAUAAAGGUUGUAGAAGUAGCGGGUAAAAGUAAGUGACCAUCUUAGCUGGGUGUGGCUGUAUGGUGGGAUUAUAAUAUCCUGUGACAGAAGACUGCUUUUUCUAUGGCAACCAGACAGAGAAAAAGCACAAACAGAAGAGGAUUGUUAUUAUUUUAACCCUCUUAAGUCCCAAGUGUGGCCAACAUCUCCUAGCAAUGUCAUUGUUCUCCUUAUCAGGCGGUAACCAGUAAAAUUUACCACCUGAAGCAACAGUUCUUAUCGCCUGCAACGACCUGAAGGUUUACCAAAAUUAAAGAACUACUUUAAAGAAUACACAAGUUGUGAUCCAAUCCAAUUCUCGCAUGCCACAAGGAAAUGAAAGGAUAUAUGGAAAAGUACUAAAGUAUACACAGCUUUUCUUUUUAUGGCCCAUGCAUUUUGGAAAGAGAACUUUGAAGACAGAGUAAAAUUAUUGGUAUCAAUCAUUAAAUUGUUUUGUAAAGGGUACAAUGACCGAUUUGCAUAAAAUAGGUCUCAAAAUGAGGGAAUGACAUUUCAGAGAACUUGGCUCCUAAAUUUCCAACAAGGGUGGGGCCAUGUCCCGCACUCCACUAAGGAAAAGGCCCCCAGGAAAGUGCACCUCUGGUGCAUAUUUUUUUGCCCUAGCAGCUAUGAAUGAUCCCUUGACUGCUGAACUAAAAUUUAGGGAGAACACUGCAAUGUUAGCACAUAGUCAGCAGAAAAGGUUAUGAGAACUAAUCAAGUGAUGACCUGAGUAAAAAUGCUUUGGUCUUUAAACAAAUUCUCUCAACUAGUUCUUUAAGAAAAUGUAUGGAAAUCGCUGUGGAGAAUUUGUAUUUGGAUACUGGGGCUUAAAGGGUUACCUGUAAGAUGUGUCAUUGUCAGGUGGAGACUGUCAACUUUGCCGGAUAAAAAGGAAAUUAAUAAUAUAAAUGAUUUAGUCACCUUUCCAAGCUUGAGCCAUUUCUAGUUAAUGUGCUAUAAUGCAGUGUAGCAAAAAGGUAAAAAAAGGUGCCUAAGCAGCUUAGCCUAUGAAACAGCCUUUUCACCACUGAAUGUUGAUUUGUAUCUAUGGUUUUAACAAUUGAAUAUAAGAUUUAUGAUGUUGUAAACUCUUAAUAUGUUGCCAUUGCCUUGAUUACUAUUUUCAGUUAAGUGACCAAUUUUUUUUUUGGUGAGGUUGUCAAAGUUCUGCAUAUCUUUUGAAAGGAGUGGCUAGGAAGAACGUCAAAAGACUUCUGAUAAACGGCAUGGUUCUCCUUCCAAACUGCUUUACAUUUACUUGUGAAACAAAGAGAGAAUUUAACAUUUAAUCAAGAGUUAAUGGCAUGAGGGCCCUAAUUCACGUAGCUGUUAGUGUGGUCCCUACUAAUUCAACUUUAAAAGACUAUAAAAUCCGUACUUAUCACAGAACUUCAGAACUGCUUCAGCAAAAGGUUCAUUUCAUUCUCUUUUAAAAGCGAUAAGCAUAAUGUAACUCGAUAUAAAGUUUAUAUUCUUUUAAAACCUCAUGUUAAGAUAGUAUUAAGAGGCAAGAGAAAAUUCAUUAGUUCCCUAGGAUUUAAACUGCCAUUAAAAACCUUACUCAUCAUCUAACAGCCAAUAUUCUAAUAUUACUCUCUCACUGUAGUUUAAGAUGCUUGGAAGUUCAAACAAGGGAAAACUAACAACGCCAACUUCACCUGAUAAUGACAACGGUCUAUCCUGA